GAGGCCGAACCGACUGCCAGGUUCUGCCUUGCACCUGCGAGCGGCGGGCGCGACAGCCGAGCGGUCCAGCGUCGAGUGGCGGAGCAGCUCUCGAGGGUCGUCAAGUGCAAGAGCGAGCGAGGGCAAGGCGGGCAGCGCUGGACAGCAAGGAGCAGCAGCAGCAGCAGCAGCGGAGCCAGGGGGAGGCGCUGGACCGCGACAAGACGGAGGCGCAGAGGGCAGCGGACGACGCCGCGGCUGCGGCGGCCGUCGAGUCGGACGCAGACGCGACGCUGCUGCUGGGCCGGUCCCCGCAGCGGCUGGCCUCCAGCCUGCGCGGGCUCUUCGCCACCGCCAAGUUCGACACCACAGGUUGCCCGCCCCGCCCUGCCACGACCACGACCAUGGCCGGCUGAAGUGCCGCCGUUCCCACCCGGCGCCUGUUUCCGCCACGCAGAGGCGCUAUGGCCGCACUAGGAGUCUACUAGCUCCAGCGGCAGCAGCAGCUCCAGCGCCGUCACCAUGAGCCUGCCGGCGCGCCUGCGGGGAUGGCUCACCGGCUUCGCGGCCAUCGCGUCGGUGCCCAUCCCCUUCGCCGAUCUGCGCUCCGCCAUCUGGGCCAAGCUGCACGAGCCCAAGUCGCAGCGCAAGCUCAUCCUUGUUAUCGUGUCGAUCGCACUACUGCUCGACAACAUGCUCUAUAUGGUGAUCGUGCCCAUAAUCCCCGACUACCUGCGCUACGUUGGCGCUUGGGGUCCACCUCCUACAGUGCCGCCCCCGGACCCCAACGCGACGACCACUGUGGCGCCGCCCAAAGGUGCACCAGUGCAUCGGGACCACCACGGACAGGACUCCGCCACGGGGAUCUUGUUCGCCAGCAAAGCCAUGGUGCAGCUUAUGGUGAACCCGUUCUCUGGGGCCCUUAUCGAUCGCAUUGGCUACGACGUACCCAUGAUGAUCGGCUUAACCAUCAUGUUCCUGUCGACGGCAGUGUUCGCCUGCGGACGUAGCUACGGCGUACUCUUCUUUGCGCGUAGCUUGCAAGGCGUGGGAUCUGCCUUCGCAGACACAUCCGGACUCGCGAUGAUCGCCGAUCGUUUCACGGAGGAGUCAGAGCGCUCCAAAGCCCUGGGUAUCGCUCUCGCCUUCAUCAGUUUCGGCUGCCUCGUAGCACCACCAUUCGGAGGAGCGCUGUAUCAGUUCGCUGGAAAGGAGGUUCCCUUCCUGGUACUGGCUUUCGUUUCUCUCCUCGACGGUUUCAUGCUUCUUCUUGUCAUGAAGCCAAUCAAAGAGCAGAUCAAAGAUUCACAGCGGGAGCGUGUCGCAGGAACUCCAAUAUGGAGGCUCUUCAUCGAUCCUUAUAUCGCUGUGUGUUCUGGAGCACUAAUGAUGUCCAAUGUAGCGCUCGCUUUCCUCGAACCCACAAUUUCCCUCUGGAUGGAGGACAAUCUGACGACGGAUAACUGGAAGAUCGGAAUGAUCUGGCUGCCAGCAUUCUUCCCACACGUGUUCGGCGUUGCCCUGACUGUGAAGAUGGCAAAACAAUACCCUCAGUACCAGUGGUUAAUGGCGGCUGGUGGUCUCGCUCUAGAAGGUCUCUGUUGCUUCAUAAUCCCAUUUGCGACGUCAUACAAAGCGCUGAUGGUUCCCAUAUGUGGCAUCUGCUUCGGUAUUGCGCUGAUAGACACCGCGCUCCUACCUACACUUGGCUAUCUUGUGGAUGUGCGCUACGUCUCUGUGUACGGAAGUAUUUACGCCAUCGCAGAUAUCUCAUACUCGGUGGCAUAUGCAGUGGGUCCCGUUAUAGCGGGCGGUGUCGUCGAAGCAAUCGGCUUCACAGCUCUCAACGUUGGUAUUGCUUUCGCAAACCUACUGUACGCCCCUGCAUUGAUGUAUCUCAGGCACAUUUAUGAUUUCAAACCGUUGGAGAACGAGGCAAAUAUACUGGUGGGGGAUCCGCCCGACAAGCAAUAUCAAACCUACACGAUGCAAGACCAACGACCGGUUUCUACAGACCUCAAAAAUCAUCUCGAAUAUUCUCGCUUUCAAGAGGAUGAAUCGCAAGGUAUUCAGGAGACGAAUGUCGACAAGGCAUUAGAGGCAAAUGGGUAUGCCCCCACAGUUACAGGAGGAUACUACCAGCAAGAGCAGCCUCCACAACAACAGUAUGCUCAGGAGCCAAGUUACCAGCCUCAAGUAAAUCAGACUCAAGCUUUCCAGUCACAACAACCAGCAGGAGCGCAACCGUACCACACCGCACCAGUCCAGCAAAGCUACCAACCAGCGGCACCGACUCAGCCAUUCCAGUCACAAAGUGGGUAUCAGGCUCAAGCGUAUCAGAGUCAAGGCUAUCAGCAACAAAGUUACCAGGCCCAACAGCAGGGAUACCAUCAACCACAGAAUUACCAAGUGCAACAAGGCUACCAACCGUCAACUCAGGCCUACCAGAGGCCUACAGCGAGCGUUGCGAGGUCGUCACAAGAUCAGGCUCCGGCUAGGCAAACGGACACGAACCCGUUUAGGGUGGCAGCGAGUGAACCACCGCCUGUGCAACAGCCCCAGCCUCUAAGUGACAAGAACCCCUUCAGGCAGGGCUUUGGCUAUUAGAAUGUAAAAAUUAUGGCGUUCGGAAAUGAAGGCUGAUACUCCCCUGUCUACAUGUGUGUGUGAAUGUGUUUAUGUGUGUCUGUGUGCAAGUGCCGAGGAAAGGUAUGGAAAGACAAAGAAGGAAGUUGAGGUUAGACGAAGCACGAAAGUGAAUGUGGUAAUAUAACGUAGGAUUUAAGCAAUAAACGAGUGUUUCUUUCUUUCCACUGGAUCCACGAAAUUUUUCUUUGGGAUUCGUGAAAUCAAAACUCAUAAUGUAACGUUCAUCGUCACCGGAAGCCAAAAAGUGGAAGUUAUGUGAUAAGAAUGUGAACUCGUCGAAUUUAACUUUUGUUAAACAUACUACAUCAUACCAUUCCAUCCUCACUGGUUUAAAUUUAGAAGUAAGUCCUCUGGAACAGUGUACUCAUAUUAUUUUGGUUUAUGAAGAUCAGCAAUAAUCUUCAUCCUAUCAUCUGGCCAUGCCAACGACAGCAAAAUGAAGCAUCAUGUGGCGAAGAAUGUACUGAUUUGCAGAUCAUUCACGAACUGCUGCACCUCAAAAACACUAGUGCUGAUUCCGUAAUAUUCUGAGAGUCUCAGUAAUGUCCGCCUUUAUUUUUAGAGACUUGUAGGUUAUUGGAGCACUUUGAUGUCUGCUACUGAAUAUAUGGAUUCAUUUACGGUAUGGAGCUUAGUUAGAUUGUACAAAAUGAUUUUCAUAGUUAAAAAGACAGUCGUGAAACAUAUCGUUCGCGUAUUCAUAGAUAGUGUUACUUGUUUUUGUAAAGAAACUUAGGUGAACACAAUUGAUCAUUUUGAAUAAUCGUUGUUAUUGGACAUAUAUUUAUAUAAAUAUAUAUAUAUAUAUAUAAUUAUGUAAAAAAUAGUGUAUAGGUUUUUAAACGAUGUAACUAUGUAUAUAGACAAGCUGAAAGUUAUUUCCUUCCUAAAUCAUACACUAGGAGACUUGACCUUUGUUCUAUGGUAUUAGCAUCAGUAGAUGUAAAACCUGUUGUAUUUUGUUUUGUAACACAUAGAACAUAAGUUUUAUACAGAGGUUCCAACGUCAUGGUCCCUUUGAAAGCUGUACACAUAAACACUGAGAUUUGUAUAUAACAUAUCGUUUAUGUUACUUUAGCUGAACUUCUUACAUUUGUCGCUAUCUUGAAUGACAAACAACCAAGAAUUACGUACAUAUCAUGUGCAAACUAUAUCGUAUAUCUGUUAAAAUGUGUGAUAUUUCCAGUGUUACGCGACAGUUUGUACUGGCUCUCAAUGUAGUGAUACUGUUAUGGAUAGUUAGCUCUAUGUACAUAUAUAUAAAUACAUAUAUAUAUGUUAGAAAGUUUAUAUACCACUAUGUAACAAACGGCGCACGUAAAGCAAGGUCUAGGCUGUAGACAAGAUCUCCAUACAAUGGCGAAUGACAUUGAUAGAAAAAAAAGUAUGUUGCAGUUCUGUUCCAUCUGCUAGUUCGUUACUUGUUUUAAAAAUGUACGCUUUCUAACCGUGAAUUCAACAGUCCUAAAUAUAUUAUAUCAAUUAUUUUAAGCUUCUGUGUCCAAAAAGCUGUUUCGUUAUGUAGUAUAGUGUUUCAGUCUUACGGUUAACUUUCAUUAAAAUUCAGCUUCUUGGAUCGAGAACAUACUACCCAGUUUCUAUAUUACCAGCGCGAUGUAUAGGUACAUUACUUUUCAUAUUAAGUUUCGGGAAAGUAGCAACGUAAUUUGUGACGCCUUAUUCUGUAUAUAUUACGCCGAUGUUAACAUUGGACCAACUCCUGAAGUAAGAGCCCUCUUAUGGAUUGCAUAACGUUAUUUGAUUUCUCUAAAAAAAAAAAGCACUUUAUUUUUCUACGUAUUUAGUCUUUUUCCAUGUGUGGUAUUUAAUUAUGGUGUUCCCAUGCAAUAAACUCGUUAACAUAAUCUGGGAAUGAUACAUAUCACUCAUAUUUCUAGAAAAUUUAGAUUCAACUAAAUGUUUCGUAGCGUCAAACAAGAGCAAAAAUUUUGUAUAAUAGUGGCAGUAGAGGCAGAAUAUUAUGAAACCAAUUUUAAUCAUUGCAACUAAAAAACUAGUAAGACGGUGUAUAUACAGCAAAUCGGAGUGAAAAAUCGGUAGAUUCCUUAUGAUGCACGCAGUCUUAGUUUUAAGACCCAUAACUACUUAGCUAUAUUCUGUUACUUAAUUGCAGUUUCACUUUUUUCCUGUGCCUUAAGAUGACACAAAAACAAAGUCCACAGUGACUUAUCAGUUGAUUCCGGCAAAGUCUAAAUUCCUCUCCAGUAGAUGUCUUAGUUGAAGUCACUGUGGAUGUAUGUUCACAUAAGGAAGCUGUUAAACUGCUGCAGUCCAUUACUAUAACGUAGUACUUAAAUAAUUUUAUUAUUCUGCACUAGCACGAGUUUCGAAUUUUGGCUGUCCAUAUCAAAUUUCUGCAGUACAUUUGUAAAAAUCAAUACCUACGUUUCUCGUAAGUUAUGCGUCAUGGUGACAUAAGCUAGAAAAAAUAAAACGAUUUCAGGAAUGAUCGUGUAGUUCAUAGUUAUUCACAAGUGAAAUGAGGUCAUGUGAAAGUGUCUCCGGAUUCUUCGUCCUCCUCCCAAAAAAAGGACUUGUUCGGAGACGUAACAUUCAAGCUUCACAAUAAACUGUUUUACAAAUGUCAGCUGAUGUCCAUGAAUAUGUGGCAGCCGUCUGAUAAAUUCGAAACCACUCGUCACGGCCGCGAUAAAAUUGUUUUAAGCGUUAUACCAAUUUUAAUUGUUGAUACCUAGUUCAGAACCGUCUUUUUUGGGAAGAUAAUGUUACUUCUUACGCAAAAGGUAUUAUUGUACUAAGAAAAACAAUUGCUGUACAUAACAAAAAUGUUUUCAGAGGCAAACCUCUUUAUUCGUAGUAACUUCAUUAACACAUAUUUCCAGAAUGUGAGUUCUAAAUAUUAUGAAAAUAUGAGUUCGUAUUUUUUAUUACACAUUAAAAUGCUGUUCAUUUCAUAAAUUGCAUAAUUGUCAGCAGUACACAGCCGGAGAUAUCGGAACCGCAUUCAACGUUUGUAAGAGCUCUGGACACCAACAGCUGAAGCGACUUUAGUAAGCCCAGCACUAACGUUGAUGCACUAACGUUGGUGCACUAACGUUGGUGCUGUCCACGUUAUGAAAAAAAUAAAAACAACACACACACUGCAGUAUUUAAGAUAACAUCGAAAGUCUACAAAAGUAGUGUCUGAAGGCUUUAUCUUUUUGUGUAAGUUGUAGCCGUAGGAAUCAUGUAGCUAUUUCCUUCACCAGUGAAGCUGAAUUGUCAGAAUACUGUUGAGUGAAGGUUGGUUGUGGCUGAUGUACUCCUGUACUGACUUCUGUAGGCUGCAAUUGUUGUGAGUGAUUGAGUGCUGAAAUGGGUUCAGUGUGACUGUAAAUGGAACUCUGGAAACGCAGGCACAGGAAAAAUUAAAAUGUUUUAUUUAACAACAGAAAAAUAAAAUUCACUUUACAAAUUAACUACCAGGUCUUUAUACAACACAAACUUCUUUCAGGUAACAACUCAUUUAUAUGAGUUAAAACAGUGUCCGGUUAAACUACAAACUAAACACAUUAAAAAUAACUUAGUGGAAUCCACUUCAGUUGUACUAAUUAUUUAUUGUAACCACGACUGACUUCGGGAUUUUAAAGUCCCAUCUUCAGGAGCACGAAAUUAUUUUAUUUGGUAAAACACAACAUGCGGUCGGAUCAGUCAGUGCAAGUGCUCCAAUCACUGCAAGUGCCUACCGGUGUGGCGCACCGGCGGCGGACAGCUUCCGCCAACAUGCAUUAAUUGGAGCUCUUGCACUGAGUUACCCAACCACAAGUUUUGUUUUACCAAAUACAAUAAUUUCAUGUUCCUGAAGAUGGGAUUUUAAAAUCCCGUAACCGAUUGCGUUUUCAAUAAAUAAUUAAUACAACUGAAGCGGAUCUCUCUUAAUUAAUUUCUAUGCCUCUCAGUUCUGGAUGUUCUACAUACCAUAUCUUGUGAAAUUAAACAUAACUACUGCUGCAGUCACUGUUCACAAAUUAAGUAGCACACCGCAACCGCACUUCACCAGCAUCCUUUUGUCCUCACUGUCUUAAAUAAAUGCAUCAGUUAUAAAUAGGAGUGCAUAAUCUCACACCUUUCUCGCAUUUCUUUAGGUACAAACGCUUGUCUGGUGCAUGCUGUGUCUGACAUUUUUCGCUAACAUGAAGCAAUGUUUCACAAAUUAUUUCAGUUACCUCUACUCCUAGCUAUUUGAUCAUUAAUAUUUGUCAUUACUUAAAUGAGAGACAUAGAAACUCCGAACGUUAAGGACAAAGUCACAUCAUCUGAGUAACUACAAUCUGUAUUUAUAUUUAGGUUUGCGUAUCUGCGAAAAAUUACAGAUAGUCACUUUAGUUUACUACUUGUGGGAAGAAAGAUUUGUUACUUAGUUUACUGCACGUUGGCACUGAGAAAAACAUGUGCUUUGAGUGGAAAAUUACUACAUUGUGUAGACAUAACUGAGCCUGUCAUAUAAUAGUCUUUGUCUGAAGAUGAAGACGCACCAUAAACAUUAAACUAUUUAACAAUACAAAUGCAACAGGUAUAUCUGACACAACAAUUUCCUUCACAGCUGUUAUUUCCUCAGUGACGAGACUAAGAACGAUAUAAUGAAUGGUUUUUCUUACGAGGUUCAGAGAGGGAAAACAGAAGCCUACAUGUUCACACUAUUCCCUGUUAAGUUAAAAAUGUACUACACUGCAAUGAUAUCUUUUGUAAGCAAAUUAAAUAAUUAAUUCCCUUUCUUUUGCUAUAGUAAAUCACACUGAAUUUCCUUAGCCAUAAUUCUAAUACGCUACAAUAUUUCCCUUGCGUAUGUGUAUAAAUAACACAGCAUCAAUACUGAGCUCCCUAUGUAACAUUCAAAACAGAACUCAAUUCUGUCGCAUUUCGUACAUCCUCGUUACAAAAACUGAUAUGUGAGAGAGGUAACAGUUCUCAAUAUAUUACUUGACCUAUGCCUGCCCGAUUUCCAAAGUUCCAUUUCAAUUUUGGAGCCCUAUAUUUUUACAUUUUUGACAUUGAAACAAAUGUGUGUUUACUUUAUCCUUAUAGUUAGUAAAUACAGUUCUUGUAUGUAUUAAUAUGUACAUAGUUGUUAAAAUUUGGUCAUUCGCUUUUUCUGAGACAUUUGAGACUUACAAGGAGUAUAUCACGAAUGCGUAGCAGUCUCACGUCAGAAACCCAAUUCCCUAAAACAAAUGUCCGUUUCUAAAAGUUUAAGGCACUAAACCAUUGAAUAACUUUGUGUAUCAUCACAAAUUUUACGACACGUAUCCAGAGAGUUGUUUUAGAUCUAAGGAAAUGAAAUCUGCGUGAAAAUGGCCUCUUAGACUUUCUGCGCAGGCGCGACCGUUAUUGUUUCUUUCGUAGAAAGGACUUCCUUUGUAUAUUACUGAUUCGUGUACAUAUAUUUUCAAAGUAUCUGUGAUUUAUUGAUGCGUACAUGCAUUCUACGUUGGUUCACAUGUGUAAGAGUCUUUCAGAAGGACUUUCAACUGUAGUAUGUGGCCAAGGAGACUUUAUAACGUGUUACCUCAAUAAAGACCAACCGAUCAGAGCACGAACAUGGCGUACACCUCAAUAAUUUCCUUCCCAUCCCUCUUAUAAAUGUUUUUCAGUAAAUAAUAAACCAUUUUCUGUACCUGUUAAAACUUAAUAAAUUCCUUUUUGCGGCUGCUAAAAAUUUAUAAAUAUAUAUUUAUUCUAUUACAUGGGUUUUGUUUUAUUGAUUCAGAUAAAACGAAUUGCGUAUGGUAAAAUAAAUACGCAUGUUUUAUCAGUCGCAAAGACUGAUAUUAAACACGUUUAAUAAUUGCAAAGCCAGUGCGGAGUGCGGACGCUAUAGACACACCAAUGGACAUUUAAUAUACUCCAAGAAAACAUAAAACUCGUAUUACAUUUAACUUUGUUGCAACUUUUUGUGUUUACUUUAGUAGCGACUCAGCUUCCGUAUUAGAACUUUAAUUUGUGUGUGUUCCGGUAGAAGACGGCACAAUUGAUGAGAAUCGGAAAUAUAACUGAACUGGCAUAAAUAUUCCAAAAUUGGUAGGGGAGAGUGCAAUACUUCCUAAGUGAUGGCACUCAGUUUAUGUGCACGGCUGUCUUUUUCUGAAAUUACAAAAAUUAUCUCUUUCCAAAUGUGAAAACAUAUUUCCAAGAACAACUUACUAAUGUUCCUAGGAAUAUAUUCGACUGAAAUUUAAAUGUGUUGAAAUUGAGAAAAUAUCAGUACUGUAUUUAACAGUCUGUCGUUUACAUUACUACUUUACUACGCUCCAAAAACACAAAGUGCACUCAGAUGAAGCAGAAAUAUAAUCAAAAUCUAGUUAAAUACAUUUUUAAAUAGAAAGUAUUGGAAACUAACACAGGUUUCCAUUUUCAAUACAGAUAAAAUUGUUAAGAUAUUAAAGAAACACAGUUAAUUUGCGAGUGUCACAUGUUCCAGAGUGAAAGACCUUUUAUAUCAAGAUGCAAGAUGCUGCAUGACGGAUGAAGUAUGGCUUAAAAGGUCAUAUAAAUAGCAUUUUACUUGCCAUUAAAUAUUGUCUCGGAAGAACUGACAAUACAUAUAAUAGUGUUAGCCCUCACAGUACCAAGAGGGACGGGUUACAUUAUGCCCACCUUUUGAAUAUAUUGUAAUGUGGUCAGUUACAUCACAUUUUAAAAUAUUGAAAAAAUUAUUUAUUGAUUUUAAUGAAUUUCUUUACCAGAUUCCAUAUCAGUUUUAAAUUUAUCAGCGGAACUGAACCCAAAAAUUUAAGUCUCCGUGGGGGAUGUUGCUUUCCGCAGUGAAUUUCGUGUUCAAUAUUUCCAGGGUCAGGAUCUUACAUACACAUCAAUAAGUCUUUAAAAAGAAUGUUGAGAGUAAAAGUCAAGAACAAUGUAUGAAAUUUGCAUUUAUUAGUUUUUUGUGGUGUUCAGAAGGUUGUUAGCACACGUUAUUGAGAGUGUAUUGAUAUUGCUAAGAUGUGCGAAGGGACCCUAAUUACCUCUAUAAAAAGUGUAUUGUUAUGUAACCCAAAGCAAUUAACGAGGUAAUGCGUGGUACGGAAAAUGUCUUGUUGUUGCUAGGAUUCACAGAUUACACAGCACUUAAAUGUAUAGAAUGUGAAAUGUUUACAAGUGCUGCGCAAAUCAAAACUUCAUGUCUAACAAGAACAAAAAUUCUAGAAAAUGGCGGAAACUGUUAUUGGCGGUCUCUAGUGGGCAUUCUUUCAUGCGAUUUUAAAGUUAAUUACUAGACUGAAGUACCGACAAAAGAUUGGUGCGCUGUAGGUACAAUACUCUCUAGGUACAACACUCCCUCCUACCGAAACGGAAGCGUUGACACAUACGUCGAACAUGGUACACUGAAGUGGAAAAAUACGAAUGCUUAGUGAAAAUGUUGGUCACGAUAAGUAUAGAAGUACUCUCAUUUUCGCACGGAUAUGUGUUUCUGUUGAAAUUGUUAACGACAGGGAAUGAGGCCAAUUUUUCCUGUAUGUACGACUAACAUAAUAAUAAACAAUACCACGUAAAAAUGAAUUAAUACAAAAUGGCAUCAAAUACCAUAGAAAACGUUGCUCAUAAGGAGCAUACAGCCAACUCACUUACACACGUAUCUUAUAUGUGUAGCUGAACUGUUGUGUAUUUACUCGGAAGACUGUUGUGAUACAACUCUUCAUGCUAACCAGUCCUGCGUAAGCAUCUUCAUCUACGAAUAUGUACACAUAGUGUAAGUUCCAUGCAUCUGAUACUUGCUUAAGACAGUCUCGCCUUGGACAUCCUCUACAGUUUGUACCUCACUCAUUUCCCUCGAUUACCGAAUAAACCAUGCCUUGAUAGCGCAGGAAGUGCCCUGUCAACCUGUCCCUUUUUUUUAGUCAAAUUCUUCACGACUUGAUUCACUAUCUCUUCAUUCGUUAUCCGAUCUACGCGUCUACUCUUCACCAUUCUUCUGUGACACCACAUUUGAAAAGCUAUUUUCUCUUCUUGACUCAUAGGUUCAUAUCUUGCAUACAAUUUCAGAAGAUAGUACCUAACCUUUAAAUUUGUAUUCAGUACCACCAUUUUUUUUUAAAGAAACUUUCUUGCUAUUGUGAAUCUGCAUCUUAUAUACCCUUUACUUUCUACGCAUAUAGCAACACUCGUGUAUUGCUUUUAUUGUCAUUACCUAAUCUGAAUCCUUCAGCAUCACGUGAUGUAAUUCGAUUACGCCAAGAUACCCUUGUUUAGAUAUCACUGACAUUGAUCGAGGGAAAUGAACUGGUCGUGUGGCAUUGUUGGCCGGGAGGCCCCAUCUGGGGAAACCCUUAGCAAGACAGUAUCCAUUCCGUUCGACUUAUCUUUAAUUCUUUUACCGUCUCUGACAGAAUUUCCAUUUCAGCAGAAAACCUGAAAUCUUUUAUUUCUUCUCCUUUCAGUUUAAAAUUCAAUUUCCUUUCCUAAUUUCUCAUUGGUUUGCUUCACAGGUUCCUCAAUCUACAGAUUGAAUAACAUCGAGAAUUGGCUAUAGCGCUGUCUCACUCCCUUCGAAACUAUUGCUUCCCUGCCAAGCCCCCCACUCUUGUAACAGCAGUCGAGUCACAAAAUGUGAAUCCUUGCGUAAUGGUAACAGUUGAAUUUACCUGUUUUUUUUGGGAGUGGGGGGGAGGGGAGCACAAUAUACUUAGCAAUGAGCGUAUCUAAAAUAAGAUCGCGUAAUCUCUUAAAGAACACCGUCUUCGACCGUUUUCAACACACGCGAGUUAUUUAUUUUUCACAACAAUCCUAAAUGACGCAUGUCUUCCCCUAACUGGAGAAAACUGCCUCUCCAAUGCUGCAGUUUGCAUUGGCCAUGAGUGUUUGGGAACCGGCAACGUACCCGCCGCGCGCUCUGAAAGGUCGGCUCUCCUGUGCGCUCGGCAGACCUGCGCAGCCCACACAUAACGCCGGAUGUACGAGAAGGGGGAGCGGGAUCGACUCUCUCUUUCCACAGCGAAUGUCAUUCUUUGUUGAUGUUAUUGUUCUAGACAAAUCUUUAACGUUAACGUAGAGAUUUAUCAGAAAAAAUGUGUGUUAAUAAAUUAUGGUGCUGUCUGAGAAAAAUAAA